CACUUUUCAUAUUGAUGAUGUUUAAUACAAUGAACUUGGGUGUUGUUCAGCCUCCAUCAUGGGAAAGAUAUCAACAGCAAGUGAAAGAGUGGGAGGUAGCUAUGUCUAAAUCUAACUACGUCAUCCCCAAUGGAUGUCAGGGGAAGGCUGCUCCCAUUGAGAAGCCACUCAUGUUUGCUUUCUGUUUGAAACCGCGGGGACUAGAAGUGCCCAACAAGGGUUCAAAACACAGGUCUCACAGGAAAAUUUCAGUUUCUGGGCAAAGCAAUGUAGCCAUGGGAGAUCAUGAUGGAUUUCAUAAUUUUGGAAGGAGAUUAAGUGGGUUUGCUUUUGGGGAUGAAAAGGUUUUAUAUACAGGACUCAACUAUGAAUCUUUAGAUGAUUCUCCAUUGUCUCAGACAUCACCAAGGGUAUUUUCUCCAAGAGUAUUUUCACCACAUGAUGCAGGCAGCAUCGGUUAUUUCUCCAUGAGCGGUGAUGGGUUUGAUAGACAUCAAUACCAAAGACUUCAGAGGAGCAAGUCAAAGAAAUAUGGGGCGAUUGAAUUCUCAUAUGACACACAGAUGGUGGCUCCAUACAACCAACGGCUGAUGGGCAAGAGAAAUGGAAUUCAUAGGUGGAAUAUGGGCUAUUCUGAGUGGCCAAGCCAACGACAUUUACACCCAGAUGGGUCCCAGAGGCAUGGCCCAGGACAAUUGGAUGGUUCUGAUCUUGAUGAGUUCAGGCUGCGUGAUGCAUCUGGUGCAGCUCGGCAUGCGCAUAAUAUGGCUAAACUCAAGAGAGAAAAGGCUCAGAGAUUGCUUUAUAGAGCUGAUUUAGCAAUUAGCAAGGCUGUGAGUGCCCUCAUGAUUGCUGAAGCGAUUAAAGCUUCUUUUGAUGACGUAAAUAGUGAUGGGUAGAAUGAGCAAAUGAGAUGAGAUGUUGAGGGAAGAAAACCCGCCAGCCCCCUUCAACUUGCAGUUCUGCUGCCUAAGAAUCAAAUAUAGUUGGCAUUGUUAUUGCUGGGAUGGAUCUGGUUGUUUCCUUGUCAAUGGCAGGAGGGUUCGCGUCGAGAAGAAUUUUGGCUUGCUGCCACAUAUCGUGGCAGUUCUAGACCUCUGGUGUGCAAUGUCACAAUUUGUCUACCCACUAUUUUUUUUGUUCAAGCAGCAGGUUUACUCAGUUCACUGCAACUGUUGUAUAUAGCCUGCAGGUGAGGGGUGUAAGGAAUUUUGGCUGCCAGUCUUUGUAUAGAUUUUAUUUUA